AUGACGACGUACAUUGGUGACAAGGAGACGGUACGGGGCAUUCCCGCUCUUCAGUGGCAGUCCACGCUCAAGCAUGACGACGACUACAGUCUGAAGCUCGACUAUUUCUUCUCGCAGGAUGCUUACACUUACACGGGUCAACACGUCGUGCCGCUGCGUGCCGUCGUUAACGGCACCGUGAAGGACGGAUCGACGGUCCGACAGAUCACUCAUGUCUACGAUUUCACUGCCUUUGAGGAAAUCUCUUAUCCAGAACAUACAGAGAUAUUUCAGAUUCCCCGCGGAGUCUACUGCAGUGGUAAGAUCAGUGAGAAGUCGGUUCCAGAUAUCCCCACGGCUUUCUCCAUGAUCAUCGAACAGAGUGCGACUGUAGAUGAAAAGCCGUACCUCGCCGCUUCAGGGGAGGUGUACGACUAUGAUAAUAAGCUGCUACGCAUCACCACCUACGUGGAGAAUGCACCAAACAUCACCGUCCCAGCUAACAAGAUUUUUGUCACACAGAUCCACGACUACAACAGCGGUGUGGCCUUCAUUAUCAACGACCUGCGUGGUAACUGCACCACGGUGGCCAUAGCCGACGUCGCCACCGCAUUCGAAGACAUUUACAACGUCACAACUCUCGGCAACUUCAGUUUCAACGUGCUACACAUGAAGGGUCCGAUGGGAAUAUUCGAGUUUGACCAGGGCGAGACGUAUUAUAACGGGAAGGUUGGUGUUAAUGCGCAUGCGCUGCGAACCGCCCGCACGUAG